UGAUUUUGCAUUUCUGGGGAGGAGAACUGUAUGUAAACAAUACAGUUCUCCUUCCUGUCAGCUCGUGAACACUGCUUUGGAUGGCUGUGCACAGCACAGCCAUCCAAAGCAGUGUGCUUACAGUGAAGCACAGACAUACAGACACAAGUAAAACAGCACACAGUUAACCCUUUGAUCGCCCCACAUGUUAACCCCUUUCGGACCAGUGCCUUUAGUACAGUGUCAGUGCUUUGUUUUUAGCACUGAUCACUGUAUUGGUGUCACUGGGGAUGACAGUGACACCAAGUCAGUUCCCCCCAGUGUCAAAAUGCCCGCCGCAGUCCCACUAUAA